CAUCCCGAAAAAGAUGAGAGACCGUGUUUACAUCACCAAGUCACCGCCGUCUGCCUGGUUCCAUCCAUUCGGCGGUGGAGCAGCAGCUGGGAUCAACUCAGCGUUCUCUCUCUCUCAGUCGUCAACGCGGCAUACUUUCACUUUGCGGCGACUACCUCAACACCGCCUGAUAUUCCGGAUAGCAGAGCGGAAUAGUAAAUGAUAUAGCCAAACAACGACCCUCAUCAUAGCUUCGGCUUUCUCACUUUCUCUUCCCCAUAUUCGUCGUACCUGCACGGAUCCCUUUAUAGCUUUCUCACUUUAUCAAUCCAUUCGUCUCUAUCUCCAUUCUUCACUAUGGUCCUCUCGAACACGAGAAGACGCGCCCGCGUAUGGCUAUUGAUACUCACUUUGUACGGCAGCCCACUGCGAGCGACGCAGACGCCGCUUCACUCUCCGCUGGCAAGCGAAGACUGGGAAGUGAAAAAAGAUUUGGCAUCGAUACUCAAAGAUCCCCCAAUCCAGCAGCAUGAACGGCUUUCUGAGGCUCUUCAGAUCAUACACCCAAUACAAUCCGGGCCAAGAUGCCAUUACCAAGCAGCACUCAACUUACUUAACGAUUGCAAAUUUCUCGAAAGUGCCUCUCCUGAUGUGAAAGUGGAUUCCGAGGCUACAUUGCAACAGCUCGAGACGAUAUAUGCAGCUCGACUCGCCGUCUGUGAGCUGAUGAGUGCCAACGUACCUAUCCCGCCGGACUGCAAAGUGGUCACGCCAUCUCCAGAGGCGUGUAUCAAGAAACGCAGCGGAUAUACCUCUUGGUUUUCACAGGCAGAGAGACCGAAUGGUGACCGGCUAUGCUAUCCUGGGUCACCUCCACCCAAGGAGUUUCAACGGUGCAUGAAGGCGUUGUUCUCCCAGAAUCAGUCAUGGAUGUCCUACAGUAAUGCUAGGCAGAAUGCAGUGGUUAUGUGCCAUGCCAGCAGAGAUGUCAUUGAAAAGGAGAAGAACCUUUCGUUCUACAAGAACCUGGGAGAGGCUGUGUCCGUGAUGGCAUCCAUCUUGGAACAGUACAACCAGAAGAUAAAGGCGUGGCUUACCGAGCAUGAUGCACUUGUCGAAAAGAUUCGCGCAUCGUCCGAGCAUGCUUUGGUGGAUAUGCAGGAAGGAUUGUCGACCUUUGAUACGAUCAGAAGUGCGUUUCGCUCUUUUGCGGGGAUGAUGUCUCACAUGACGGAAUCAUACUCUCAAGAAAUCAGUAAAAACAUCGAAAAGUCCAAGAUGGAUAUGGAGCAGCACCGUCAGGAAUUGCAGCAGCAUCAUGAGGAGAUGGCUGAGUUCAGUCUGAAACAUGCAGCCGAUUACAGAACACAGCUACAGAUGGGUCAUGAUGCGGCUCUUGCGGCACUGCGCUCAUAUCACAAUGCAGCCCUCGAGACUUUGCAGGCGAACCAUAACGCGGCGAUACACAAAGUGAACGAAGUAGCAACUACAGUUGAUAAUUUGCAGAUCAAGGUGCAAAUAUCUUCCGAUCGAAUGGAACACAUCAAUCAAGGCUUGGUGAACGUCAACAGGACUGUGCAGCAGCUGGACGCGGCAACGGAGAGGCUCCCUGAAAUGCUUCACGUCUUGACGACAGUAGGAAGCAUAAUAGCGAGUCCUCAACUUUGGCUCGCAGGGAUCAUGUGCCUAUUUGGUGUCUGGAAAGCGAACGGAAGGGUAGCUGGUUACUUCGUUGCUACCGGUGGUCUACUAUAUGGGCUUCUUUUACUGGACGUCCGGACCCAUGUCGGGGCGGCCUGGAAUAAUCUCAACAACAAUAUCGUCCGCUUCGCUACGACUGGAAGCCCGGCAAUGCUGAGCGUCAUUCUCUUCGCACUUUUCUUCGUUUUGUCAUUUGUCCUGCAUUUGCAUCUCCGUUCGGCUUAUCUCUACGUAUACGAAGACGAAAGAGGAGAAAAAGGCGUUCUUCCCAGCAUCGAAAUGCCGCACCAACCAGAGUCCCAGCCUCCAAGAAAACGCGGUCCACUUAGCCUCUUCAAGGCCCUCCAUUUGGCAUCGUGAUGGCCAGCAUCCCGUCUCCGACCAGUUUUCGCCUCAAACAUCUUGACAAGUCUUUUUCACCUUCGACAUUUGACAGGCGCAUUUCAUGGUUCCACCUAUGUAUUUUUAUUUCCGCUCCUGGCAUGGAGGGCACCCUUAUGGUUAUGCUUGAUACCCACUCCAUCUUUAUGAAUCGGCGUUUUACACCAUCGACACGGGAUUUUUGUCAUCUAUCUGGUACUCAAACUUAUGUCUUGCUAUUUAUUUCAUAUUAUGCAUGGUAUUGGGAGAUCGACUGCACACGUUUCUCAUGAAAGUUCUCAGCGACGAUAGUUAGAAAAAGGGUGGGACUUUGAAUCCGGGGAAUCAUGAGAAGGAUUUACCUCUGAGGUAUUGGGCAAAUAAUUGCGAAUUACUACGUUACUACUAAGGGGUCUGACCGACAUGUCAUCAAGU